AUGACAGACAUACCUGAUGAACCCUGGUCUCGUGUUUCCGCUGAUUUUUGUGGUCCGUUUCCAACUGGAGAGUACCUAUUGGUUGUGAUAGAUGACCAUUCAAGAUACCCUGUGGUAGAAGUACUGCGAUCUACAUCUGCCAGAUCUGUAAUUCCUCUAUUUGACAAAAUUUUCUCAUUGUUUGGAAUACCAGAAGAACUGAAAACGGAUAAUGGCCCACCAUUCCAAAGUUUUGAAUUCAAACAGUUUGCAGAAAAAUUAGGAUUCAAACACCAUAGAAUCACACCAUUAUGGCCGAAGGCCAAUGGAGAGGCUGAAAGAUUUAUGAGAACCCUAGGCAAAGCCAUCAGAACAGCCCAUAUAGAAUCCAAGAAUUGGAAACAGGAAAUGUUUACAUUUCUGAGAAGUACAGGGCAACACCCCAUAGAACCACCACCCUAUCUCCGGCAGAAAGUCUCCUAA